AUUUUGAGAUACGAAUUUCCCCAUUGCAAUGGCUGAAACCAGGACACCAUUCAAACCAUGUAUAAUUGUUCACGGAGGAGCAGGAAACAUAUCAACAUCAAGGAGAGAACAAGUUCUUUGUGCUGUAACAGAAGCAGUCAAGAUUGGAUAUGGCGUUCUCCUAGAAGGAGCAAGUGCAUUAGAUGCUGUAGAAGCUGCCACACGGAGCAUGGAGGACAGUGAAGUUUUAAAUGCAGGGCGUGGAUCUUACCUUACAGAAGAAGGAACUGUUGAACUUGAUGCUAUGAUUAUGAAUGGCCAAACUUUAAACACUGGAGCAGUGGCAUGUGUCCAGAACAUUGCUAAUCCCAUUUCUCUGGCACGUAAAGUGAUGACAGACACACCUCACUGUAUGCUGGCUGGAGAAGGUGCUCUGAAGUUUGCAAGAGAUGUAGGAAUUCCUGUUUUGGAGGAUCCCAGUUCAUUAAUCAGUGAUCGUUCACACCAAAUUUAUGUGAAGGAAAAGUUAAAACGUGAAAAUCUUAAAAAGGAAGUGGACCGUGACAGAAAGGACACAGCUGUUGAAAAAGUGUCUCAGGAGAACAAGAAUACACAGCCGGAAGGACAUGAUACUGUAGGAGUAGUUGCCAUGGAUACUAAUGGCCAUAUUGCCGUCAGCAAUUCAACAGGGGGCACAUCCUACAAGAUGUGUGGUAGAGUUGGAGACUCACCCCUGGUGGGGUCAGGUGCUUAUGCCAAUCAACAGGCAGGUGCUGCCUGCACUGGCCAUGGUGAGUCUUUGCUUAAAGUGCUAUUAUCCAGAGAGGUCAUAUACAGUAUAGAAAAUGGUGCUACACCACAUGAUGCUUGUAUGAAGGCAAUACAUAGGAUGAAUGAGCAGACUGGGGGUAAGGGAGGUGUUAUAUGCUUGGAUAAGUUUGGAAAGAUCGGAGUGGCCUUCAAUACAAGAGAAAUGGCAUGGGCUUCCAUUACUGGAAGCAACAUCCUGAAAUAUGGAAUUGACCCUGGAGAGGAAAUAACAGGUGAAAUGUAAAUCGCAAAAAGUGUAUGGGCCAAUUUCCAAUUCCCUCGGUUUCAAUAGGCAAGAUUCACUUUAGUUCACUGACUUUAAUUCAACUAACACUCCAAUAAGACGCUCCUGUUUGCUUGUACAUAAUUCCAUCAAUCGUCCGCGUCUUUAUCCGUCUCAUCCGUCGUUACUUCGAGUGGAUCACAUACAACUACAACGUUUGCCGACGUUCACCAUUACAUGCACACUCGAAAAGAUCAUGUGACUUAAACGUGGGAACUAAACAGCGGGAAAAAUACAUGAACAAUACAGGGAACCCAGCAACAAAAAGAAAGGACAAUUUUGUAUUAGUUUGUAACUUAUUACAGAUAAUGUUAGUAGCUUUUUAAGCUGCUGCAAACUUUAUAUUUUGCAGAAGGAAAUAAGAUUUUGUUUCAUAUGUUUGCAACUACUUUAAGUAUUACAUUGUAUUGAUGUUUAAAAACAUUUAAAAUCCUUAAUUUUAGGCAAAAGAUAAUAUUUAUCAAUAAAAAUUAUAAAUUAAACACUAAUGCAUUUAUCUAGAGGUACAAGAAUAGUUGAUAGAAAUACAGAUGAAGAAAAUGCAUCUAGUAACCCAAUUGGCAUUACAUUUGUAAUAAGGUCAAAUGUGCAGGUUAUUAAAUUAUAUCAAGACAUCAGCUCCAGAGUAAGGCGAUAUGUUUAGCCUGUGUGCAGACGUCUUAAAAUAGGAGACAUCUGCAUUCAGGCUAGGAUAUGUUUUAGUAAACCCUGAAAUUCACAGAUGAUAUUUAAUACAUAGACUAUUAUAGAGAUAUAGUAGAUAUAUGUAUAAUAAUACAGAGAGUAGUAUUAUUAUUUUGUUACAUAUAUUAUUAUUCCAUUAUCGCCAUGAGCGAUAAGAAAUAAUUUAUUAAUAAGUUGUUUAAACUGCUCAAACUGUAGUGGAGGAUUGGUCGCAAUCAGCUUUCCACUUUUGAUUUCUUAUAUCUAAGGAUUUAUGAAUCAAAUUUCUAGAUCUUUCCAAUCGUCUCAAUUCUAAGAGGUUUAAGAGAAAAUUAUCUUAAGGUGUUUGUUUUUCUUUAGGAGAUGAUUGGUAGUUGGGAGAUGGCUGCAAAUUCCAGACCAUUUUUCUACAUUCAGCUUUUUAACAAUAAAGGAGAAUGGGACUAA